CCACAGAACAUCUACUGCGUCCACGUUGACAGCAAGUCCCCAGACGACUUCCAGGAGGCCGUGCGGGCCAUCGCAGCCUGCUUCCCCAAUGUCUUUGUGGCCAGCCGCCUGGAAAACGUGGUCUAUGCCUCCUGGUCCCGCCUGCAGGCUGACCUCAACUGCAUGCAGGACCUGCUGCAGAGCCCCGUGCGGUGGCACUACAUCCUCAACACCUGCGGCACCGAUUUCCCCAUCAAGACCAACGCCGAGAUCGUCCGCACCCUGAAGCUGCUGCAGGGGCAGAACAGCAUGGAGUCGGAGAAGCCCUCGGCCCUCAAGCAGCAGCGCUGGCAGUAUCACCACGAAGUAGGGACGUUCAUCUCCCGGACAGCCACGGAGAAGCAGCCACCGCCCCUCAGCUCGCCCAUGUUCACGGGCAGCGCGUACAUCGUGGUGACGCGGGCCUUCGUGCAGCACAUCUUUGAGAACCCCGCGGCGCAGCAGUUCCUCGAAUGGGCCAAGGACACCUACAGCCCUGACGAGCACGUCUGGGCCACCCUCAAGCCGGGCAGCAUGCCCCCGAAUGACAAGUUCCAGCUGUCGGACAUGAACGCGCUGCCGCGCCUGGUCAAGUGGCACUACCUGGAGGGCGACACCAGCAAGGGCGCGCCCUACCCGCCC